UCUCUUUCUCUCUCUCUCUCUCUCGAUAUUUUCGUGUACGCUUAUUCGCCGGAGCCGGAGGAUCAAAACUAGGGUUUUUGUCGCCGAUUCAAAUUCACCCGACUCGACUCCCCCAGCCCAACCCAGCCAUGCAUUCUGAUUCCAUCGCUACCAACUCUUCAAACAUCAUCCCCAUGGCUUCCUCUAACGCCAAGGAUUUCGCCAAGAAAAAGAGGGUGCGUGAAUUGAUUAUUCCCUUCUUCUUUUCUUUUUUUUUUUGCCCCUAUUUUUUUCCUUUCACUCGCUUAUACGAGGAUUUUUCUGUUUCUUGCAUUCAUCGAAUGGAGUGAAUUUGUUGCAUUCAUUUUUUGUUUGGUUUCCAUAGGUUUUGAAAUGUUGUAGUUGAGCGAAUUUUUUUGGCCGGAUGCUUAUUCUGUUUGUUGUAGGGUUUCAAUAUGUCUCUUUUACAUUUCCUCUAUUAUCUCCAUGAUCAUUUCAUAGGGUUUUUAUUUAUUCCCGAUUGGUUUUUGUGUGAAACUGUUUUCUUUAAUUGUGAAUGAUUUAUUUUGUGAUGAUGGAUAAUAUUUAGGUGAACCGUUCUGCUAAGUUGAAGCAGUGCAAGCUGGAUGCCCGCCGGGAACAGUGGCUUUCUAAAGUGAAUAAAUGUAGCAGCGAGAAAGAGGAUUCAAAUGGUGUAAGAGUUCUUGGCCCAUUGAGCAAGGCAGGAAACGUGCAGGGCCGGGCAAUGGAGAAGCUGGAGAUAAGGCCCAGGGGAGAAGAAGAAAAUCAUGGUUUGCACAUUCACCAUUACAGUGACUCUGAGUCACCCUCAAACAGCCCCAUGAGCCAUAAUGGUAGCAUCUUGGGGGGCAAUGAUUCGGGAACCACUUUUACUGGAAGUAGCAGGAGCAGCGUCAGCAGUAGCAGGAGCAGUAGUAGCAGUAGGAGUGGUGGAAGUUGUUCCGGUAGCAUGAGUGAGGAGGAUGAAGAAGGUGAUGACGAGUGCUUAGAUGAUUGGGAGACAGUGGCUGAUGCUUUGGCUGCUACUGAAGAGAAACACAAACCGGAUGAUCAUAGUUUGGAUACAGAUACAGCAUCUGAGAGUAAGGAUGUUGCACAUGGGGAUUCACACCCUGAUGAUGCAACAGGGGCAGCUCCUGAUGAUGAUUUGAAAGCUAAGCCAGAGAAUGGAAUUUCACUUGACAGGUCUACAGUGAAAUGCCGGGCAUGGAGGCCUGAUGAUGUUUUUAGACCUCAGAGUUUGCCCAAUUUAUCGAAGCAAUAUAGUUUUCCAAUGAAUCCAGAGAGAUACUUUGGCUGUGGUGGCUCUGUUUGGGGCUGCAAGAAUGUUAGACCAGCUCCAACAUCUUGCCCUAUCUGCUAUGAGGAUUUGGACUACACUGACUCAAGUUUCAUUCCUUGUUCAUGUGGUUUCAAACUCUGCCUUUUCUGCCACAAGAGGAUUCUUGAGGAGGAUGGGCGUUGUCCUGGCUGUCGCCAGCAGUAUAAGAAUGAGUCUGGAAAGGUGGAGACUUUGCUGGAUGGCAACAGCUUGGCGUUUCGUUUGGCGCGUUCCUGUAGCAUGGUCACAAGAUCAUAGGAAAAGUUCACCCCUGUUCAAAUACAUGUCGGUUCUGUGUUCCACCUGCGGUUGACGUUUGUCAUUCUAAUUUGAGACUCUGAUUUCCGUAGUCUUAGAUGUUGGUAUAGGAGUGAUUUUGAAGCACAGGAGUAUGAAUAUGGUAUUAUGGUUUUGGUCCAUAUCUGUAUGAUGCUUGUGCUAAUUUAGAAGGCUCGUGUGAAUACAUAAAAUGUGGUAUAGAAAAUGAACAUAUUAUAUCAGGUUCAAGUAUAGUUGUUCUGUUCAAUUUGCUUGUCCUGCCUUUUGGUUGUUACCUUUAAUAAACUCAUUAAAUAUCCAGAAUAUGAUGUUUUCCAGUUAUAUUAUUAUAGCGUCUUCAUUUAACUGAUCUACUAUGAUUUUGAAUGGAUUCUUUUUCCUUGUAAUGAGUCACAAUUGGUAUCAUGUCAUACUAGUGUUUUGGUGUUGCGAGAGGAUGACUCUGAAGCUUGUUAUGUGCUUAAGUUUUCUUCGAUGCAUGCUAUGAUUUUGAAUGAUAAUGCUGUGAGCACUUCCUUGGAGGCAGCUGUACCGAAGACGGUAUGCUUG